UUUAAAAAAAGAAGGAAACACGCUCGGGGUAAGCUUGUUCUCUCUAGCUUUAUCUCUUCUGCUCUAUAAUCAUUUCUCUCUGUUACAAACACCGAACCCAAGUCUGCAAUCUGUUUUUGUUUUUACCCUCUUUGCUAUAUUUUCGUUUAAGCAUGAGAUUUUAAGUGUUGGGUUUUGGUUUCUGUACACUAGGAAGUGAAGUUAUGGAUAUGGUGGUACCUUUAAAGCAAACCCCUGAUGGGUUUUGCUCAUUUCACAGAGUUCAUAGGAACAGUACAAGAAAGAGUGGUACUUUUGGGGGUAGGGUUAGUGAUAAGGUUGGUCCCACCACACCCAGUUCUGUGAGGGUCUUUGUUGGCUGCAGAACUCGGUUUCUUGUUCUGUCUGAUAGCAUUCAAUGUAGAAUACAUGAUGGUUACCAGAAACAUAGGCGAAAGCCUGUACUUGUUGCGUCGAAGGUUGAAACGCUUAGUUCCAAUGCUAGGUUGCAGAAUGUUGAAAAUACCCCACAUGGGAGUUUGAAUAAAAUGGAUUCUUCGAAUGGUUUUGAGGAAUUUGAGAGUAACAAUCAGCUCCGUAGACUGGUUAGAAAUGGGGAAUUGGAAGAGGGAUUUAAGUUUCUUGAGACCAUGGUUUUUCGUGGCGAUAUUCCGGAUAAUAUUGCAUGCACAAGUUUAAUCCGUGGGUUUUGUAAGAGUGGAAAGACAAGGAAGGCGACACGGAUUAUGAACAUUCUAGAAGAGUCCGGGGCUAUUCUUGAUGUUAUAACUUACAACGUUUUGAUUAGUGGGUACUGCAAAGCUGGUGAGAUUGAUAAUGCUUUAAGGGUUUUAGACCGGAUGAGUGUUUCUCCAGAUGUUGUCACUUAUAAUACAAUCCUGCGUACUUUGUGUGAUAGUGGGAAAUUGACACAAGCGAUGGAAGUUCUUGAUCGGCAGUUGCAAAGGGAGUGUUAUCCGGAUGUCAUUACAUAUACCAUACUGAUUGAAGCAACUUGUAAGGAAUAUGGGGUUGAGCAGGCUAUGAAGCUUUUGGAUGAAAUGAGGAGCAAAGGAUGCAAGCCUGAUGUGGUAACUUAUAAUGUUCUUAUCAAUGGUAUUUGCAAGGAAGGGAGGUUGGAUGAAGCAAUCAGAUUCUUGAAUGAAAUGCCAUCAUCUGAUUGCCAACCAAACGUCAUUACCCACAAUAUUAUUUUGCGUAGCAUGUGUAGUACUGGGAGGUGGAUGGAUGCUGAGAAACUAUUAGCUGACAUGGUUCACAGAGGCUGCUCUCCUAGUGUUGUUACUUUCAAUAUUUUGAUUAACUUCUUGUGCCGGAAGGGUUUAUUGGGUCGAGCAAUUGACAUUUUGGAGAAGAUGCCUAAGCACGGUUGUACUCCAAAUUCCUUGAGUUACAACCCAUUGCUUCAUGGAUUUUGCAAGGAAAAGAAGAUGGAUAGGGCAAUUGAGUAUUUGGAUAUAAUGGUUUCUCGGGGCUGUUAUCCCGACAUUGUGACCUACAAUACUUUGCUCACAGCCUUGUGCAAAGAUGGAAAGGUUGAUAACGCAGUUGGGAUACUCAAUCAACUAAGUAGCAAGGGUUGCUCUCCUGUUCUAAUCACGUACAAUACAGUAAUUGAUGGGCUCUCAAAGGUGGGAAAAACAGAACGUGCCAUAGAGCUUUUGGAUGAGAUGCGCAAAAAGGGUCUAAAGCCUGACAUAAUUACUUAUUCUUCUCUUGUGGGAGGGCUUAGUAGAGAAGGAAAGGUUGAUGAAGCAAUUAAGUUUGUCCAUGAUUUGGAAGAUUCGGGUAUCAAGCCCAAUGCAAUUACUUUCAACUCCGUCAUGUUGGGGCUUUGCAAGGCUAAGCAAACUGGUCGUGCAAUCGAUUUCCUGGCUUAUAUGGUAUCAAAGGGAUGUAAACCUACUGAAGCAACAUACACCAUUCUCAUUGAAGGCAUAGCUUAUGAAGGCUUAGCAAAAGAGGCGUUGGAGUUAUUGAACGAACUGUGCUGUAGAGGGGUUGUGAAGAAAAGUUCUGCUGAACAGGUGGCAGUCAGGAUGUAGCCUUAUACACAAUUCAUCUUUUGCUCUUGGAUGCAUUGGCAGACUGAUUGUGAGUAGCUCUUAUUGGGCGAUUUACUUCAGACAGAAAAGUUAAAAGCGAUAUGAAGAGGUGCCGAGUAGUUCAUAUGGAUCUGUCAACUAAACUACUUAGUUUACCUGGUCAUUGACAUCUACCUGAAUUGGGGUGGUUUCCAUUUGCCCUAGGCCAUGUUAUCUUUUCUAGGGUGCUGAUCAUCCAUACAAUAUUGCAGAUACGUGACAUGCUUUGGCAACAUUAGGUUAAUGUCACGUAUGUUUGAUGAGCGAAGGUGACAUUUGAUGCGUUCACUUUGCGGUGACGUUACUGCAUAGUGUUAACUUCCAAUGCAGCUGGGGUGAUGAAAAAUUGUAGUUACUAAUCAUCUUUUGGUCAAUGAAAACUGACACCUGGAGAGGCAAGGUGAUGACGAGAGUCAAACUCUUACCGUGGCGAGGACUUAAGCUUUCUAACUUUCAUAAUAUGUGCUUUUGACAACGAUGAGAGUUGAACUCUGACUAAUAAUCUUUUGCUUAUAAUGUAUGUAUUAAGUCCAAAAGUUUGGUAGAACCAUUGGCAAGAAUGAGGUAAUUAAAAGGGCUAGAGGCCU